GGCUUCAGCCAGCAGCACGCAUCCUUGGGGUUAGGAGCCAGCAUCUCAGGUCAGCAGCCAUGGUUUCUCUGGAGAAAGACCCAUCAGAGGCUCAUUCAGAGCCUUAACCCUGAGCCUCUGCCACCUACCCACCGUGUUGAAGAUGUCAUUGCUUGGAAGGGACUACAACAGUGAGCUGAACUCCUUGGACAACGGAUCUCAGUCACCCUUGGAGAGCAGCAGUAGCAUUACUUCAGAGAAUGUCCAUCCUGCUGGAGAAGCUGGACUAUCGAUGAUGCAAACUUUGAUCCACUUGUUGAAAUGCAACAUUGGCACAGGGCUCCUGGGGCUUCCCCUGGCCAUAAAGAAUGCCGGCUUAUUGGUCGGUCCUGUCAGCCUUCUGGCCAUCGGGGUCCUCACCGUGCACUGCAUGGUCAUCCUGUUGAACUGUGCUCAACACCUCAGCCAAAGACUGCAAAAGACUUUCGUGAACUAUGAAGAGGCCACGAUGUACAGCCUUGAAACCUGCCCAAACACCUGGCUGAGGACCCAUGCAGUGUGGGGAAGAUGGAGUUCGGCUCUGUCGCCCAGGCUGGAGUGCAGUGGCAAGAUUUCAGCUCACUGCAACCCCCACCUUCAGGGUUCAAGCAAUUCUCCUGCCCAAGCCUCCCGAGUAGCUGGGAUUUACAGGUACACUGUCAGCUUCUUAUUAGUCAUCACCCAGCUGGGCUUCUGCAGUGUUUAUUUUAUGUUUAUGGCAGACAAUUUACAACAGAUGAUGGAAGAAGCCCACGUGACCUCCAACAUCUGCCAGCCCAGGGAGACUCUGACGCUGACCCCCAUCCUGGACAUUCGUUUCUACAUGCUGAUAAUCCUGCCCUUCCUGAUCUCGUUGGUGUUUAUCCAGAACCUCAGGGCGCUGUCCGUCUUCUCGACAUUGGCCAACAUCAGCACCCUGGGGAGCAUGGCUCUGAUCUUUGAGUAUAUCAUGCAGGGGAUUCCAUAUCCCAGCAACCUACCCCUGAUGGCAAACUGGAAGACCUUCUUGCUGUUCUUUGGUACAGCCGUCUUCACAUUUGAAGGCGUCGGUAUGGUUCUGCCUCUCAAAAACCAGAUGAAGCAUCCACAGCAGUUUUCUUUUGUUCUGUACUUGGGGAUGUCCAUUGUCAUCAUCCUCUAUAUCUUACUGGGGACACUGGGCUACAUGAAGUUUGGGUCAGACACCCAGGCCAGCAUCAUCCUCAACUUGCCCAAUUGCUGGUUGUACCAGUCGGUCAAGCUGAUGUACUCUAUCGGCAUCUUCUUCACCUAUGCCCUCCAGUUCCAUGUCCCAGCUGAGAUCAUCAUCCCAUUUGCCAUCUCCCAAGUGUCAGAGAGCUGGGCACCAUUUGUAGACCUGUCUGUCCGCUCAGCCUUGGUCUGUCUAACCUGUGUCUCAGCCAUCCUCAUCCCCCGCCUGGACCUGGUCAUCUCCCUGGUGGGCUCCGUGAGCAGCAGCGCCCUGGCCCUCAUCAUCCCAGCCCUCCUGGAGAUCGUCAUCUUUUACUCUGAGGACAUGAGCUGUGUCACUGUUGCCAAGGACAUCAUGAUUAGCAUCCUGGGCCUCUUAGGGUGUAUAUUUGGGAUAUACCAAGCCCUCUAUGAGUUGACCCAACCCAUCAGCCAUUCCAUGGCCAACUCCACAGGUGUCUAUGCAUAAUUAUCUGUUUUUAUUCUAAUAGCUCUCCCUUCCUCCCAUCCCCAAUUUGACUUCCAUGUGGAUGUUAUAUACCUUCAUCAAAUCCCAACAUAUUUAAUUUAAGAUUCAUACAUUUUAUUGUGUAUUUCAACAGUUUGUUUCUGUUCCUUGCUGAGGAAUAUUCCAUUGUAUGGCUACAUCACAAUUUGUUUAUCCAUUCUCUUGUUUAUAGGCAUGUAGAGUAUUUCCAACUUCUUUGCUUUUAUAAGUAAAGUUACCAUGAAUAUUUUUGUACAAGUCUUUUUAUGGAUAUAUAUUUCUUUUUUCUGGAGUGGAAUAGUUGGAUCAUAUGGUAGGUAUAUGUUUAAGUUUUAAAGAAACUACAAGAUGUUUAUCAAACUGAUUGUACUACUUUCUAUCUAUAUUAAUUAGUUGAUUAUUAAUCAACUAAUUAAUUGAUUGAUUAAUUAGUGGCUACAUUAAUUAGUGGCUUCUUUAUCUUUCCAAAAGAAAUGCAGAUGAGAAAAGUUAGCAUUGAUGUCUCUCAGGCUACAUCUUUUUUGGUUUUAUAUUUUUUGGA